AUGUGGAGCCCGCAGGAGAAGAACAUGCGCCUGGAGAACAUGACCUGGAGGAUCUGGAACCUCGCCAGGAAGAAGGAGAUUGACUCGCGCCACCGCUACGGCCACAACCUGCACCUCUACUACGACAUCUGGUGCGCGAACUCCAGCUGCGAGCCCUUCUUCUACUGGUUGGAUGUCGGCAAAGGCAGAGACUUGCAUCACCAGAAAUGCCCACGAAGCAAGCUCAACUCACAGCUCAUCAUGUACCUCGGACCAAACGAGAGGGCGGCGUACGAAGUCGUCGUGGAGGAAGGCCGGCUGCUGUACAAGCAGAGCGGCGAUCUGGUGAACACGAACGAGGAGUCCAAGUGGAUCUUCGUGCUGAGCACCAGUAGGUCGCUGUAUGUCAGAUCGCAGAAAUUUGACCUGUGUGAUCGUGAUGGAAAGUACACGCCAAUUUCGGAUGGCACUGUAGCGCCGAUGGAGUUGGAUGGUGUCAUCAGGCUCGACUGGGUGUGGAUGGGAUAG